GCCCGCCCCGGGGAGGUCCCCGGCGUCCGCCCGCUGCCGGAAGGGGCGGCCCAGGCCCCGCCAUGCCGCCAGCCCUCACCGGGGGGCGGCUGCUCCUGGGGGCAGCCCCUCGCCGUUACCGGCCCCACGUCGCCGAGCGGCUGCGACUUUUCCAACGGCUCCAAGCGGCCCGGGAGAGGAGGGCUGGGGGUGAUGAUGGUGGGGGGAGCCCCCCAGCGGGGACCCCCAUCCGCAUCGCCCUGCCCGGGGGGCGCUGCCUGCACGGCCGUGCCCUGCAGACCACCCCGCGGCAGGUGGCCGAGCAGUUGGGGUCGGGCCUGGCCGCCUCGGUGCUGGUGGCCCGGGUGAACGGGGCCCUGCGGGACCUGGAGCAGCCCCUGGAGAACGACGCCGACCUGGAGCUGCUCGACUUCUCCGCGCCGGAGGGGCGGGCGGCUUUCUGGCAGUCCAGCGCCUUUGUCUUGGGAGCAGUGCUGGAGCAGUUCUACGGAGCCACGCUCUGCAGCACCGUGGCCACUGAGGAUGGCUUCUUCUGUGAUGCCCACAUGGGGGACAGGACGGUGCAGCGCAGCGAGCUGCCGGCGCUGGAGGACGCCUGCAUGGCCUUUGCCCGUGCCCAGCAUCGCUUCGAGCGCCUGGAGGCCACCCGCGAGCAGCUGGCGGAGCUGUUCAAGCACAACAGCUUCCAGCUGCAGCGGAUCGAGGAGGAGGUGACGUCCCCCACGGCCACUGUCUAUAGGUGCGGCCCACUGCUGCAGCUCUGCCCCGGCCCCCUCCUCGGGCACACGGGGCUGAUCAGGGCCCUCCGUGUCCUGACGAGUUCGGCCGCAUUUUGGGGGGACCCUGCGGAGCGCCGGUCGCUGCAGCGCGUCGCUGCCGUCGCCUUCCCCAGCACCCAGGACCUGGAGGCCUGGCAGCAGGCGCAGGAUGCGGCCGCUCUCCGCGACCACCGCCGCAUCGGCCGGGAGCAGGAGCUCUUCUUCUUCCACAAGCUCAGCCCCGGCAGCUGCUUCUUCCUGCCCCGCGGCGCCCACGUCUACAACGCCCUCGUCGACUUCAUCAGGAGCGAGUACCAGGUGAGGGGCUUCUGCGAGGUGGUGACCCCCAACGUCUUCAGCCCGCGCCUCUGGGAGCUCUCGGGGCACUGGCAGCACUACAGCGCCCACAUGUUCUCCUUCACCGCCGGCACCGAGACCCUCUCGCUCAAACCCAUGAACUGCCCGGCCCACUGCCUGAUGUUCGCUCACCGGCCGCGGUCGUGGCGGGAGCUGCCGCUGCGCUUGGCUGACUUCGGGGUCCUGCACCGCAACGAGCCCCCCGGCUCCCUGACGGGGCUGACGCGGGUGCGGCGCUUCCAGCAGGACGACGCGCACAUCUUCUGCACGCUGGAGCAGCUGGAGGACGAGAUCGGCGGCUGCCUGGACUUCGUGCGUUCAGUCUACGCCGUGCUGGGCUUCUCCUUCCGCCUGGCGCUGGCCACGCGCCCCGACGGCUUCCUGGGGGACGCCGCGACCUGGGACCGCGCAGAGCAGAUCCUGGAGCGAAGCCUCCAGGAUUUUGGGGAGCCCUGGGAGCUGAGUCCGGGUGACGGCGCCUUUUACGGCCCCAAGAUCGAUAUCCGGAUCCAGGAUGCGCUGGGGCGGCAUCACCAGUGCGGCACCAUCCAGCUGGAUUUCCAGAUGCCCGAGAGGUUUGGGCUGGAGUACGCCAGUGCCGCCGGCGGGGCGGUGCGGCCGGUGAUGAUCCACCGCGCGGUGCUGGGCUCGGUCGAGCGCAUGGUGGCCGUGCUGGCCGAGAGCUGCGGGGGCAAAUGGCCGCUCUGGCUCUCCCCGCUGCAGGCGAUGGUGAUCCCGCAGGCGCCCGACACCGAGGGCUAUGCCCGCGAGGUCCACGCCGCGCUGCGUCGGGACGGCGUGGCGGCCGACCUGGACGCCGACGCGGGCUCCACGUUGAGCAGGAAGAUCCGCCGGGCGCAGCUCGCCCAUUACAACUUCCAGCUGGUGGUGGGCCGGCGGGAGCAGGCGCGCGGCACCGUCAACGUCCGCACGCGGGACAACCGGCGGCUGGGGGAGCGCGACCUGCGCCAGGUGCUGCAGCGGCUGCGGGAGCUGCGGGACGCCCGCGUCCCCAACGCCGAGGAGCAGUUCUGACCCCCCCCCCCCCCC